GACGAGUGUGCCCUGGGGCUGGAUGACUGCCACCCAGAUGCCAUUUGCCAGAACACCCCGAAGCUGUACAAGUGCAUGUGCAAAAUGGGUUACACCGGCGAAGGGAGGAAAUGUGAAGACAUUGAUGAAUGUGACAACGACUUCAAUGGGGGCUGUGUCCACGAGUGUUUCAACAUCCCAGGGAAUUACCGCUGCACUUGCUACGACGGCUUCAUGCUGGCUCACGAUGGCCACAACUGCCUGGACACAGACGAGUGCAUGUUCAACAACGGUGGCUGCCAGCAGGUGUGUGUGAACACGGUGGGGAGCUACGAGUGCCGCUGCAAGGAGGGGUUCUUCCUCAGCGACAACCAGCACACCUGCAUCCACCGCUCCGAAGAAGGCAUGAGCUGCAUGAACAAAGACCAUGGCUGUGCCCACAUCUGCAGAGAAACACCCAAAGGAGGAGUUGCCUGUGAAUGCCGACCGGGAUUUGAGCUGUCUAAGAACCAGAGGAGCUGCAUUUUGACAUGCAACCACGGCAAUGGGGGCUGCCAGCACACGUGUGACGAUGCUGAGCACGGGCCUGUCUGUGGAUGCCACCCCAAGUACGUCAUGCACCUGGAUGGCAAAACCUGCCUGGAGAGGGAAGAAGCUGCUGUUGAAGUUUCUGAGGGAAACACCACAGCAGCAGCUGAUGUGGACAAGAGAGUGAAGCGGCGCUUGCUUAUGGAGACGUGCGCGGUGAACAACGGCGGCUGCGACCGCACCUGCAAGGACACCUCCACCGGAGUGCACUGCAGCUGCCCCGUGGGCUUCACCCUCCAGUUCGAUGGCAAGACGUGCAAAGAUAUUGAUGAAUGCCAGUCCAAUAAUGGAGGUUGUGAUCAUUUCUGUAAAAACACUGUUGGCAGUUUUGAUUGCAGCUGCAGAAAAGGAUUUAAAUUAUUAACAGAUGAGAAGUCCUGUCAAGACAUCGACGAGUGCUCCUUCGAGCGCGCGUGCGACCACACGUGCACCAACCAGCCCGGCACCUUCCAGUGCUCCUGCAACAAGGGAUACGCCCUCUAUGGCUUCACCCGCUGUGGAGAUAUUAAUGAAUGUAGCAUCAACAAUGGUGGCUGUCAGCAGCUGUGUGUGAACACACUGGGAGAUUAUGAAUGCCUGUGCCAGCCUAACUACAAGCUACACUGGAAUAAAAAGGACUGUGUUGAGACAAAAGAUCCCUUGUCUGAUAGUGUGUCACCCAAGGUGCUGCUGCACUGCAUCAAGAGUGGUGGGAGUGACAGAUGCUUUUUGAGCUGCUCUCCAGAUGUGCAGGUGUUCUCUGGAACACAAGAUGCCUACACCCUCACCUGUGGCAGGUCCUCUCAGCUUAAGAAAAAGCAGCAAAGUGCAAAUGCUUCCAGCUGGCUGGAUGCUUCAGCCAUCAAGAUAAGCGUAACCUUUAAAUUAAAUGAAGGAAAAUGUAGUUUGAAAAAGACUGAGAUGUUUCAAGAAGGUCUGGAGCAGAUGAUACCAGAGAGACAAAAUUCAGUAAUGGAGAGCUUCCACUAUGUAAACCUAACAUGCAGCUCUGGCAAGAAAGUCCCUGGAGCCCUCAGUAGACUGGCAGCGACCAGAGAGAUUUUUAUCACCGCGGACUUUGAGCUUGAGACGAGCCGGAAGGAGGUGACAGACACGUGCGACGUGCGCUGUGCCCGCAAGAAGACGGAGAAGCGGUUCCGGAAAACCAUCCGCACCCUGCGCAAGACCGUCAGCAGGGACCAGUUCCGCAUCCGCCUCUCGGGCGCCGACCACGAGGUGGCCAGGAGGGCUCCCAGGCCCUCAGAGCCCCAGCAGGCCUGUGGUGGGGGACAGCUGCACCCGGGGCUCAGAUGUGAUCCGUGCCCCCCUGGCGAAUACUCUGCUGAUGGCUUCAAGCCCUGCCUGCCCUGUCCCCUGGGCACGUUCCAGCCCGAGGCUGGCCGGGUGUCCUGCUUUCCCUGUGGAGGAGCCCUCACCACCAGGCACAGCGGGGCAGCCCUGUUCCAGGACUGUGAGACCAAAGUUCAGUGUUCUCCUGGCCAUUUUUACAACACCUCAACCCACCGAUGUAUUCGCUGUGCAAUUGGGACAUACCAGCCUGAGUUUGGACAAAAUUACUGCAUUGCCUGCCCUGGAAACACCACUACUGAUUUUGAUGGCUCAACAAACAUAACACAGUGCAAAAACAGGCAGUGUGGAGGGGAGCUGGGAGAUUACACUGGGUACAUUGAAUCACCCAACUACCCUGGGGACUACCCUGCAAACACCGAGUGCACCUGGAGCAUCAACCCGCCGCCCAAGCGCCGCAUCCUCAUCGUGGUCCCGGAAAUAUUCCUGCCCAUCGAGGACGAGUGUGGAGACUAUCUGGUGAUGAGGAAAAGCUCUUCUUCCAACUCGGUGACCACGUACGAGACCUGCCAGACCUACGAGCGCCCCAUAGCCUUCACCUCCAGGUCCAAGAAACUCUGGAUCCAGUUCAAAUCCAAUGAAGGGAACAGUGCCAAGGGAUUCCAAGUCCCAUAUGUGACCUAUGAUGAGGAUUACCAGGAGCUCAUAGAGGACAUUGUUCGGGAUGGCAGACUUUAUGCAUCUGAAAAUCACCAAGAAAUACUUAAGGACAAGAAGCUGAUAAAAGCCCUGUUUGACGUGCUGGCACACCCCCAGAACUACUUCAAGUACACAGCCCAGGAGUCCAGAGAGAUGUUCCCGAGAUCCUUCAUUCGGCUGCUGCGCUCCAAAGUCUCCAGAUUUUUGAGGCCUUACAAAUAGUUGGCACUGAACUUAAAAGCUGAACCAGCCCUGGGCAUGCACAGAGGGGCUGUGGUAGGUGGGGCUGUGUUUUACACACUGGCAGAGACACUCCAGGGAAGCUGGCCAGCUCCCUUCUUGGCAGAGUUUGGCUUUCUCAGCUAAUAUAAAUAUUUUGGUGAACAGAAUUUUGAUUUCUUUCCAGAUAAUACCUUUUGGGUACCAAAGGAUACCUCAUGGGUCCCUGAAUUGGAGACUGCCCAUGGUUUCUGUAACUGAAGGGCGCCAAGCAGAAGUUUGUAGAGCUCUGCCCCGUUGCUUCAUCAGCUCCUCUAAAAGCUGAUGAGGACAGACAGGCUCAGCAGUGUGGUUUGGGAUGAACCAUUAAUGCAUGGUGCCUCAACAAAGCUGGGUUCAUGCUCGGCCUCGCUGAAAGUGAGAACAGGAUUGAUGACUCUCUUAACAUUUGCUACACAGGAAAUUCAGAGCUGAGGCUGACACAGUUUAAACUCAAACCAGUGAGGCCAAGAGCUGCACAAGGUGCAGUUUUUCUCUGAACUACAUGUGGCAUGAAGCAAAAGGUUGAAUAUCAGCUUGAAUGUUCAGGGUCUGGCUCACACAGUGUCCAUGCUAGUGACCUAUUGGCUUACUCGGAGUGAUACCAGGAUAAACUGUGAGCACCAGAGCAGUGGAAAACAGGCCCUGACCCACUGGACAUUUCCACUUUGGGCUGUUAGAGCAGAUCAGAUUAUUUCCUAAAUCCCAGUGCUGUCCCCAUGCAUAGGCCUGGGACAGCAAAAGGCAUUUUCCAAGUUGUGUAAAAUUCUGCCCUUUGAGCACCUGCAGGUGAACACAGGAGCCCCAUGUUAAAUGCAGGCUGUGCAUAGAUGAUGCUCUUGGUACAGCACUGUUUAAAGCUGAAUAAGGUUCUUGUAUGAGCCUCAGUUGUCGUAUUCUCCACCUUUUCUGAGCACCUUGUGGAGCAGAGGAGAGCUGCUUUCCCUGUCUGGCUGGAGAGAAGGAGGGACAAUGAUUCAGCCAGACAAAAAGUUGUCUAUGGCAAAUUGUUCCUCAGGAUUCCCAGGCUCUGAGUCCCUCUCCUCAGGCUGUGCUUCCCAUUGGAGACAAAUCUAUUCUGAGAGGGCCUCUAGGGAAAUCUGUGCUGAUCAAAAUGUUGUCUCAGUGCUAUUCUGCCCACACCCACAUCUCCUCUGGCCAUACAAUCCAUUCUCUGAGUAAUGCACCUCGAGGACCUUCUGCCCUGAAGGGAGACAGCCACAGUCCCAUCCAUUUGGAAAUGGACUUGUGACUUCUGUCCUUUGGCCACUGGCCAUGCCAAGGGGUGCAGUGGGCACCAAACUCCCCUCUGUUGUCUCUUAGGAGCAGUACUGACAUUUCCCAGGGCAGCCAGGGCCAGUGCUCCCUUUCCAGGGUGUGGAGCCAGAGCUGCUGGGUUUCACUGCAUUGGCACGAGGAGUUUGAAUAACACCACAUCCACAGUGUGACAGCAGAAACCCUCACCAGGAGCUGGGCUCUGAAUCUCUGAGCAAAUGGGGGCUCCUGCCUCAGCCUUGCUGAGCUGUGUGGGGCAAGGACACAUCUUGGCCAUGGUGUGACAGGGAGGGACAAUGGCUUUGGCCGCAGCUGGGGAGCAGAGCCCCUCAGGAUGGUGCUGUCCCCCUCCUGUCUCUGGGGAGGAGUUUCUCAGCCUGGCCAGAGGUGGGGAAUGGCUUGUGCUGCUGCCAGGAGGGAGCUGUGUCCCUGCUGCCCUGGGCAUGGCCUAGGCAGGGCACAGGGCUGCUGCAGGAGCCACAGGGAGAGCUGGCAGAGCAGAGGGGAGGAACAGAGCUCUGUGUGCUCCUGGCACUGUGCUUCAUCCCAAACAGGGUCCUGCUGCUGCCUCUGUGGGAGAGGGGACAGGGACACCAGGCAGAGGGCACAAAGCAGUGUGCCUGGGGCAGGAAUGGCUGAGGAAUGCCAGAAGAGCAGGAGGGGUGGUGAGAGGCCGUGCUGCAUCCUGCUGGAGCGUGCUGCUGUCCCUUUGCCCCAUGCCCACGUUGCUGGAGGCUCCCCGUGGCAGAAGCAGAGUGCAGGGAGCCCCAGGGAGCCACCAGGCACCCUGUGAGGCUGUGGAGCUCUCUGGAGUGAGCAGGGUGCUGCAGCCCUGCUGUGCUGGGCACUGUGGGCACAGGCCAUGCUGUGCCAGCCUCUGGCCAAGCCCAGCAGAGGGCCUUGCUGUGGCUGCAGGGUGGUGCCAGGGAAAACAGGGCAGCUCUUGGGGUGCUCCCUGCCAGGGAGGCUGAGCAGCUCUGAACAGCUCUGCUCUGGCUGCUGAGGGACACAGCAGGGACUCAUGGAAACCAAGGCUGUGAUGUUUGUAAUGGGUGAAACUGGGCUGUGCUGCUCUGCAUGUGAGUCACUGCUCUGUGCUCUGGGGUUGUCACACUGCACCUCCUCUCCUUGUCCUGCUCUGCCCAGCCCUGCCCAGGGACCUUCAGGGGUCUCAGCUUUGCUUCUCCUGUGCUACAAGUGAGCUCAGGCCACUUUCACUGCUGGGAGGAGAGGAGAGGAGCGUGCACAGUGUGAGGCUCAGGAGAAAACCUGCCCUUUCUCAGAGAAGAAUCCUCAUUGUUCCACAGCCCUGUUCGUUUCCUACUUAAAUAGCAAAUGACUCAGAAGCACUUCUGUUACCCUUGAUGUGACAUUAUGGAUCAAAAUUUCCCCUUUUACUGUGUUUCCUGUGUGUGCAGUAAAAAGUGAAGAGGGAAUUUUUGCUGCCUUGAAUGCUGGGAGGAGUGAGAACUUGCAGAAUGUUGUAAACUUGGCGUUGUGUCUUCAUAGUGAUGGUAGCGGCUCUGUAGAAAUGUAAAUUUCUACUUUCUGUGUGGUUGUAGACUGAUCAUGUGUUUUGGCAACAAAUGACUCAAAAAUGUUUAACCUCAUAAAAAAGAUUGAAUUUUUGGAAUAAUGAUUAAUGCUAACUGGAUGACCCAAUGUCACCUAUGUCAGAUAAACAUAAGGAGCUUUUGAUGGUUGUAAAUUAAUGUAAAAUGUUUCAGAAUGUUACUCUUGAUAAGAGAAAUAAACCAGUGAACUUUUAGCUGCAUUAA